CUCCGGCCGUACCAGCUCGAGGGGCUGAACUGGCUGCUCUUCUCGUGGUACGCGCGCCGCUCUGUGAUGCUCGCCGACGAGAUGGGGCUGGGCAAGACCAUCCAGUCCAUCUCCACGCUGCACCACCUGUGGACACACGAGCACGUACGCGGGCCGUUCCUCGUCGUCGCGCCGCUCUCGACGCUCGCGCACUGGAAGCGAGAGUUUGACGAGUGGACCGAGAUGAACGCAGUCGUCUACCACGGCACAGCCGAGGACGAGCACGAGCCCGCGCUGUACAAGUUCCACGCCCUGGUCACGUCGUACGAGGUGAUCAAGCAGGACCUCUCCUUGCUCAAGGCGGUGCCGUGGCGCUACAUGGUCAUCGACGAGGCGCACCGCCUCAAGAACCGCGACUCGGCCCUCGCCACGGACCUGCGCGCGCUGCGCGUGGAGCACAUGCACCUGCUCUCCGGCACGCCGCUGCAAAACAACACGACGGAGCUGUGGGCGCUGCUCACCUUCCUCGACCCCGACCUCUUCCCCUCGCUGCCCGCCUUUCUGGAGGAGUUUGGCACGCUCACCGACGCGGCGCAGGUCGAGCGGCUCAACACUCGCAUCCGGCCGUACCUGCUGCGCCGGCAGAAGAAUGACGUCGAGAAGUCGCUCACGCCGCUCGAGGAGACCAUCGUGUGGGUCGAGAUGACGCUCUUCCAGAAGCGGACCUAC